AAGACAUGAAAAUAGACGGUGCAGAGUUUGUAGAACUUGGUGGGAGAGCUGUACUAUGUGCCGAAGUUCCCAAAAGACAUAAAGAAGUAAAGUGGUCUAGGGUCAACCCUUAUUCAAAGAAAACAGAAAAAAUUGACUUAAGUCAUGACAAGUACAGCGGCAGCAGGAAAAACAUACUCAUUAUAAAUAGUAUGGAAGCUUGCGACUUCACAACGUACAAGGCUUCCGUAGAUGAUGUUACUGCUGAGAUUAAAUUAAAGGAAAAACAGGACGCCGAAGUAAAUACCCUCUGUAGAAAAAGAAAAGGAAGGAGAGAAGAACUCAAAUCAUUACUUAAGAGAUGUGACGCAGAAGGCAAAAGUCCUGAAAGAGACAUUUAUUAUUAGAUAUUCUUCGUUUACGUAACAG